AUGGUUGCCUUUGUCAAAUGGUUCAUCUCUUCUCUCAACGCUUCUUAUGCGCGACGUGUUCCUAAGGGUGAAUGGGAAAAGAAGCCCUACAAUCCUGUCUUGGGUGAACAGUUCAAGAUGAACUGGCAAGACUUGAAUGGAUCAGGCGAGACUAAUGUUCUUGUUGAACAAGUGUCUCAUCAUCCUCCUGUUACUGGUUUCUAUAUCAAGAACGACAAGGCAGGUAUGGUAUUGAAUGGUCAUACUGGACAAAAGACACGAUUCUCUAGCACUUCUUUGAUUGUGGACCAAGUCGGACAAAGUAUAAUUACCUUAAAGAACCGUGACAAUGAACAAUAUCUGUUUAGUUAUCCUUCGAUUACCGUCAAUGGUAUUUGGUAUGCAGCUCCUUAUGUUGAAUUGUUAGGUACUUCUUAUAUCCAGUCCACGACAGGUUUGUAUUGUUCAAUUGAAUACACAUCCAAGGGUUGGAUCUCUGGUGAAAGAAACCACUUCAAGUGUUAUGUUCGUCGUAACAGUAAUGCCAAAGACUAUAUUUACAAGAUAGAAGGGCAAUGGAGUGGUAAAUCUACCAUUACAGCACACGGAUCCAAGACAGCCGAACCCUUUUUGGAUGUGACUGAAUUGACACCUGCUGGUAUGCAUGUGGCUGAUAUUUCAGAACAAGACGAAAUGGAAAGUCGCAAGAUUUGGCAGAAGGUGUCUGAAGCCAUUCGUGCUAAUGAUACCAAUUUGGCUGGUAUUGAAAAAUCCAAGAUUGAGAACCAAAAGCGUGAAGAGAAGGCUGCGCGUCAAGCAGCGAAUGAAGAAUGGGAGCCUAAAUAUUUCCAUUGGGUUGCAGAAGAACCUACGGUAGCUACUCUUCAACGUAUGUUGACUUUUACUGUCAAGAACAAAUACACACCUGCUACGCAUGGUAACUGGGUUUAUAAACAAGAAUAA